UCCGGCUCCCACAUCCCCCCCGGCGGCACCUGCCUCUACCGCGCCGUCUGCAAGGCGGUGUACGGGGACCAGCGGCUGCACGGCGAGCUCCGCGAGCAGACGGUGCACUACAUCGCCGACCACCUGGAUCACUUCAGCCCUAUCAUCGAGGGCGACGUGGGGGAGUUCCUCAUCGGCGCCGCCCAGGACGGCGCCUGGGCCGGCUACCCGGAGCUGCUGGCCAUGGGGCAGAUGCUGAACGUGAACAUCCACCUCACCACGGGCGGCAGGCCGGAGAGCCCCACCGUUUCCACCAUGGUUCACUACCUGGGGCCCGAGGACCCGACACGGCCCAGUAUCUGGCUGAGCUGGCUUAGCAAUGGGCACUACGAUGCUGUGCUGGAGCGCGCGUGCCCCAACCCGGAGUAUGAGGCGUGGUGCAGACAGACUCAGGUACAGCGUAGACGGGAUGAGGAGCUGGCCAAGUCCAUGGCAGUGUCCCUCUCCAAGAUGUACAUUGAGCAGAACGCUUGCUCUUGAGACCACCUGGCCUACAGGCUGGGAGCUUUGCUGCUGGCACAGAGACAGAGAGAAGGUGCACUGGCUGUGAUGGCGAUGCCUUAAACCUUAAUAAAGCAGCAGUACCCAGACUGAGAAGAAAUGCAGACUGGGAGGGGGAUAAAUCCAAACGUAUUUGUAAUAUUCUGUUGUUGUAUAAAGUUAGCCUCGGAUUAUUUGCGAGCAGAUUCUCCGUGUAUGUUUGUGUCUCCCCUCGCCACUGUUUCUCUAUUUUCUAUAAGAAUGUAUUUUUUUGCACAGUAUUUUUAAACUGUUACUUCCAUCUUCUACAUCUCACGUUAGCAUCUGGCUUUCAGCUGUUGAGCCAAAAACGUUUGUAAACUGUUUGUUUUGUAAAUAAGGCUUAUGAUGUAACAGCUAUUUUCUGCUGUGUUUUUUACCCAUAAACCUUAUAUUUCUACCAAAUGAAAUUGAUGUCAGACUGACCCUCCUUAAUUGAUGAAAACUUUUUUUUUUGUAAAGCUAAACAAUAGUUUUUGUAAAAGUGCAGCAAAGUAUGAAAAGACUGCUUUUCGAAACAGUUGUUUUCUCUGCCUUGAGCACAGAACAGGUCCUUUGAGCCAGUUGGAAUCCAGCUAUACAUGAACUGUACAGGGAGCAAUUGAUUCUUCGGUAUUUAAUUACUGUUUUGAGUAAACUGGCCUCUUGUUGCCUGGUUGGCUCACCCUCUGUUCCAUUUGUAUUAUUUAUGUGUAAUAACAGAACAUUAACUUGCAAUAGAAUGUUGUGACUAGAUAAUAGUCUGCUGCUCUGGCAAUAAUUGCCUUGGCUGCACCUCAGUGUUUGUGUUCCUGCUUCUGAGGUUAUGGUGUCUUUUGUAUAAGCCCUGCUUCUGUUUUGGCACUUGUGUUGCACCCACAAGUCCUCUUCUGAUCACAACAUUUUAUUCCUUUGAUGUUACUUUCUAAUCAAGAAAUCAGGAAUGGUAUUCUACAUUAUGACUUAAAAAGAGUAUUUGAGAUUUGUAUGGUUUGCUGGGUCAAACAUUUAGAUGUUUCCAAUCUGAUUUCUGUCGCUUCUAAUUUCUGAUUAACUUGUUAGAUAUAUUUAUUAAGUAAUGCAGUUUGUACUUUUUUAUUUUGUAAUAUAUUGUGAUUUUUGGAAUUUAUACUGUAUUUGUAUAAUAGGAAUAUUCUCAGCUAAAAUGGAAUGAAUAAAGAAUAUAAUUUUA